AUGUCAACUUCUUCUUCUUCCAGAUCCAGAUGCUAUGUAGUGUUUGGUGGUUGCAACUCUGGUGUUUUCACUGAACGACCAUUUAUCACAAAUCCUUCAGGCGCUCAUUAUUUUCCUAUUGCCAUUCGUUGUCUGUCAAUUGAACAUGCCUGGAAACUUGACAGCCUCCAAUCUAUUAUCAAGACUGCGAAGAUCAAUGAAGACACUUUGCCUGCUGAUGCUGCUCGCACCUUUCUGACUUCUGACACUGCACAUGGCGUGCUUCAACAGGAGCGCCACGAAAAAGUAGUCACAGGUUUCUAUAGCGUUCUUUUUGGGUUUGAGACGGGUAUUUUCACUACAUGGAAAGAUUGCCAUCAAGCUGUCUCGGGCUUUCAGCGCCCAAAGUACAAAAAAUUCAUUUCAUUUGCUGAAGCAAUUGCAUGGAUGAUCAUGAAGGGUGAGGUCCUCGACACACUCAAGGCAAAGGAGAACGAAACGCACCGUCCCUUAGUACUUGUCGAUGUCAACUUACACUCUGAGACGACGCCACGCCGUGUCCAUGUCGAAUUACCCUCCGAGACACCACGUCGCAUCGUUAUUCCAGCUUUUCCACUUACAUCUUCACCUCAGUCUUCUUGUGCAUGGAGAACCGCUGCUCCAGCACACAGCUCGAUGUCGCUCGAAGCAUCCGGAACAUCGAAGCCCCGAGUUUAUCAGGCUGUUCGGGAGUUAAGUGGAGUGCAAUCUGCACACUACGAACCCCCUCCACAUGAUGAUACCCCCAUGCCUUCCUUUGGUGAUCUUGCUGAUUCCUAUCUCCAGUCUCAUGGCUUCACUCUCCGUGCUGUGCUUUGCAUUGCCCAUGCUGUAGACACCAGCAAAUCUGGCCAGGAGUUUGUUGAUGAGAUUUCAGGAAGGGGUCUUGCCAUCUCUGAGGCACACUGGCUUUGGAUGCUCAUUACUGGUGACGAUGGUUUUUGA